GUCCGACGAAGUUCAUUUUUGUACACAAGUCAUACAGCCGUGGAGCGAAGCCUAAGGCGAAGGGACCAGGAAAGGCUGGCCAUUACAAGGGCACAUUGCGCAUCUCGAUCUGCAGCCCCCGGUAAUACCAUGAGCUCGACAUUUGGUCUAGGUGCCUCUUCGGCACCUCCGCCAAUACCGUCCAAUUACCCUGGAUUGCGUGGUGGACGAGGCAUGGCUUAUGCGAAUUGGCAGAGUUGCGUGGAGGUUUUGAGGAGGCUGUACGGUGCCAGAGAUGGAGGUCGUCGCCUAUCUGAUUCUUUUCGAUUCCUACCCGAUCCCAUCCUCUAUCCAGAUUACUCUCGGACGAUCCGACAACCUGAAUCAUUAGACAACGUCGCGAUUCAACUUGGCAAUGGAUCGUUCGAAGGUCCCGAAUCGUUCUUCAGAGCGCUGCAUACGAUCUGCACCAACGCGAAGACGUACUUUGACCCCGACACGGACAUGUGGCGAGAUGCGAAACGUUUAGAAGACAUGAUUCUACACGACUGGCGGAGUCUCUCAUACUCGGGAGCUAUCCCAGUUACACCAACGACCAACUUGCUUCCUGCGUAUCCGCGUAAACGGGGUCGACCGCCUAAGGAUCCGGCCAAGAUUCUAGCUCAACAACAAGCUGCCGAACUGGCUUACCGUAAUAGUCAGGCCGCUUCCUCUUCGGCCAAUGCAGUCAGACCGAGACCCGGGUUCUACACCUAUGACGCAAAUGUGUACGCCGCUCAGAUCAACCACCAACCUGUCAACCUGAACAUGGCAAUGAACAUGAACAUGACGCCUCCUAUGCCUCCUCCCGUGGUACCCCCCAGGCAGAAUAGCGAUUAUGGAUCAGUAGAGGUGGAAAGGAUGAGACAAGGUGUACAGAGUCAAGCGGAUCAAGCUGUGGUCGCUGCUUUGGACGCAAGGAUGCCCAAAUGGUCAGGACCAGAUACAGUCUUAUCGGGCAAUCCAGAUUUGGGGGGAAUACCAGGGAAUGGAUGGUGGGGCGAAGGGGUACCAGACUACGAACGAGAUGCAGGUGGAGAAUCUGGAUGGCUAUCAAGGAUGAAAGGUGUUGUCGGGGCCCUCAAAGGAUACAAGGAUGCUUCUGGUACCCGACUUGCAGAGGUGUUUGGAGGUAUACCACCCGUCGUGGCCAUCCCUUACUUGUCAUUCAACGCUCCCCUCUCAUUUGAAUCUAUAUCCAUCAACGUUGAAGCUGGAAGGUAUCGCACACUUCGAGACUUUGAUCUCGACAUGAGUCGAUUAUUCGAGAAAGCUAGACGGUUCCACGCCAAUGCUUCCACAGAGUACGGUCGAGUUCUCGUCCUGCAGAGAUUAUACAAUGCCUUGACGGCUCCUUACCCUCUGGUGAUUCCUUCGAAUGGGGUUCCUAGCCCUUCGACGACAUUAUUCGCUUCGCUCCCCGCUGGACCUGGUAAUGCUAGACCAGUGCACGAGAUCAAUCAAGAUCUACGAGCUGGGGUCGCGGAAGAAAACGCGGGGUUUGGCGUGACCACUUUCCGGGUCGGCACUAAAGAUCGCGUGUUCACCGAUGAAGCGAGACACAAGGGCAUGUCGUACAAGGUUGGCGAUUACGUUCACCUUAUCAAUCCCGAUGACGCGACAAAACCCAUUGUCGGUCAAGUCUUCAAAUCCUUCGUCCCUACAAAAGGCUAUCGCACGCACCACGUCACGGUCUGCUGGUAUUUCUACCCGGAGCAGACGAUCCAUUCCCCAGAACAGCUGUUCUACGACAGAGAGGUGUUCAAAACAGGCCACUUUUGCGACCAUCCCGUUGAAGAUAUCAUUGAGCGUAUCUCGGUGCAAUUCUACGUCAAGGCGAUUCGUGGACGGCCACUACCUCCUGAGUAUUAUCCUGGCUGGCCCAUCUAUGUCUGCAAUUCCCGGUACAACGACAAGGAAUGUGUCUUUGUCCGGAUCAAGAACUGGAACAGCUGCAUACCGGAUGAGCUUCGCCAAACUCAAUUCAUGGCUGUCGAGCCCUUUGAACGGCAGAUUGGUCUAGGUGUCGUCAACUCACCAUUCUUGCGAGGCAUCACAGGGCCAGGAUCUUUUGGUGAACCAAAAGCUCGAGGCGGCGUGCUUGAAGACGAAGAGGAGGAAGGUCAGCGAUCUGGGAACGGGCCUACACCGCCAAGGCGUCCUUCGGCGUCCUAUGGCUAUUCAGGUCCAGCGCAGCCGUACACACCCACAAAUUAUGGACAGAGUCCUGUUCGACCUGGUCAAGGGUCCAUCACGGCGUCUGUAGGUCAGCGCCCCAUGGGCAAUUUGCCCAAUACACCUUAUCGGCCUGGAAUACCACCUCAACAUUCUCCAGCUGGAUCCAUGGGGUCAUCACCUGCCCGACCUCCAGGGAGUACCGAGAUGACUGUGCGCGAGCAGUUGCCCAGUGAAACUGUGAGGCUGUUUGAGAGGGAUGCCAGAGGCAAUAUAUUAUGGUUCUCUGCUCCGCCUCUCCUUCCUGGAGCCAUCAAGAUACCUCAACAACCUGAUCACUCCAUUGAAUACCUCUUACAUCUGACCAAGAGGAAAAAGGGCGAUAUGACGAAGCCUGAACCACCGUCAAGAAGACUUGUAGCGGACGACAGUGAUCCAACGGAUGAAGGACGGGACAAUAUAGCUGGAGAGGUGGAGGACUCUGUAGCUGGAGACAAUACAGCUUGGUGGGCCAAGGACAUGACUCCGGAUCAGAUCGUAGCUUCGCUCGCUGCUGUAGUGGAGACUGUACAGUAGCUGUGGUGGUGCAGGAGCAUGACUAAUUCGUGCAAUUUGAUUGGUGGAAUUGGGCGGGAUUGCUUUUAUUUCUUUUCCUUUGCGGAAUGAAGAUCCGAGGGCCGAAUGGGGCAGUGAAAAAUUGAGCGAAGCACGUUUUGGAGUGGAAUAAUAACAAUAUAUAGAGA